AUGCUCUGCAGCACCGCGCCGGACGGCGUGCGCCAUCUGCGAGCCGUGAGCGUGCAGCCGCCACACGCCGCGCAGUCGCACCUCUCCUGGCAGAUGCGACCCUCGCUGGCUAGCACGAGCGGCGCGCAGUCGGGACUGCAGGAUGGGCUCUUUGUCGAGGAGAUGAGCUGCCAGCGCUUGGGCCUGGCAGAGCGCCUGGCGUUGGGGCUAGACCGCAUGCAGCCGCUAGACCGCAUGCAGCCGCCCGAGCGAGAGCGCAUGCAGCUUCAGGCCGGGACGUCUCGCGGCGUGCGCCUGUGCAUGACGCCUGGCUGCACCCUCAGAGCGUACCACCUCGGCCCGUGCUCGAAUGAAGAGCGGGCGCCGCCGGCCCCGCCGAACGGGCGCUGCUCGGUCGUGUACUCGAAUCUGCACGGCACUUUCACCACGGACGAAGAGCCGCCCCAGUUCUGGUCGGAAGACGCGGCGUCGGAGGCGGCGCAGGUGCGAGUGGCGCCCCCGCCGGCUGCGGAGGGCGCGGCGAAGGUCGCCCGUCUGCCAGCCGGGGAGCUGCGUGGCGACGCGCAAGCCGAGGGGCUGCAGCUCCACCUCUCGAGCGAAAGCAGCACCGGCUACAAGUGCGUGGUCAAGCACCGCUCUGGCCGCUUCCGGGCGAAGCACAAGGUGGGCGGAAGGACUGUCACCAUCGGCACCUUCGACACGGCGGUCGACGCGGCGGUGGCGUACGCGAAGGCGGUGGCCGCUGACGACUCGGCAGAUGGAGACGAGGGCCCUGGGACGCCCCCUGGGACGCCUCCCGGCACGCCUCUGCCGGGCUCGGCGCGGUACCGGGUCCUGCAGGCGCUGCUCGGCGGCAAGACCUCGCGCGCCGACAUUCUCCACCUCUCGAGCCGCAGCAACACCGGCUUCAGGGGGGUGUACGCGCAUUCCAACGGGCGCUUCGAGGCGUCACGCAGCGUUGGCGGACGGCGCAAGGUUUACAUCGGCUGCUUUGAGACUGCGGUGGAGGCGGCGGUGGCGUAUGCGAAGGCGGUACACAGCGAGCCGCUCAGCUGGCGGGCCGCGGAGGUGGUUGCCGUCCGCGGCGCAAACAGCGGGCGCGAGAUCAAGGUGCACUACCGCGGCUUCCAGACGCGGGACGACGAGUGGAUCCCCGACAGCGGCGGCUCGGCGCGCCUCCGGAAGGCUGCGGGCGCGACGGUGGCGGCCGCCAGCACCUCGGCCGCCAGCACCUCGGCCGCCGCAGCAGUGUGGGACGAGCCCGAGGCGUCCGUCCAGCGAGAGGCGGGCGAGAGGCCUCCGAUCGUCCGCACCGAGGUCCUCAAGGCGCUGCUGGCGGGGAGGCGGUCUCGUGACGAGAUCGUCGAGUUCGUGCAGGGGCGGCUCGAGGCGGCGUCGGGCAGCAAGGUGUGCAAGCGGAAGACCAUCGUCACGGCACUCGGCCGCGAGAAGAGCACCAGGGCGCCGCUGUGGGAGGCCUCCGCGCCGUCGCGCUCCUCCGCGCCGCUCUCCGCCUCGGGCCCUUCCCGUGUGCAGGGUACGAGCUUCGACGGCCGCAAGCGGCACCGGCCGCUGCUGCAGGGCAGUGCGACGCCCGCCACUACGCGGCUGAGGCCGCUCGAGGUUGGCUCGCGCGUCAAGGUGUACUGGGACGGCGAGCACAAGUUCUUCGCGGGCGUGGUCGCGGGGUUCGGCAAGCCGCGCGGGGGCCGCGCGACGGUGGACGUGGAGUACGACGACGGCGACGAAGCAAACGAGCUCGAGGCAGACGUGCGGGACGAGGACGACGGCGAAGACGCCACGAUGGCAGAGUGGCGGUGUGCUCUGUCACGCUUCGACGGCGCAGCAAACGAGCUCAAGGCAGAGGUGCGGGACGAGGACGAGUGGGAGGAGGCGGGCAAACCUGUAUGGGACGCCGUCAAAUGCUCCGGCCGCUGCGACGUCGAUUGUCCGCAGUGGGCAUGCGUUCAGUGCGCCGGCUUCGACAGCAUCAAAGAGGCGAGACUCGCCGAGGAGGAAGGGCAGGAUUGGCUCUGCCAUGAUGGACGCGGUGCUGACGACAAGGAGGGGUUUUGCCCUCUUCCUCCUCCCAAGCCCAAAGACAAGGAGGAGGGGAAGCGCAAGAAGAGGCGAGGCCGACCGGAGCCCGGACGGCAGCCUGCCGGCUCCGCCAGCGCAGCGAGUCCUCGCGCGGCCAAGCCCCAAGCAACCAAGUCGGCCUCCCAGCGCGCGGCGGGCGAGGCAGCCAAGUGCAAGACUCCUGUCGCGGAGGCGGAGGGGCUGCAGCUCCACCUCUCGAGCAAAAGCGCCACCGGCUACAAGGGCGUGCGGCAGGACGCCGGUGUCCUCUCGGGCGGAGGCUUCCGGGCGGGGCACGUGGUGGGCGGCAUUUCCAGGCACAUCGGCACCUUCGAUACGGCGGUGGAGGCGGCGGUGGCGUAUGCGAGGGCUGUCUCGAGCCCGGAUGACUUUGCGCGCUUCACCUCCGGCGCCAGGAGCGGCCUCACGCCGCCGUCCGCCCCCUCGUCUGGCGUCGCCGCUGCGCUGCUGGGCGAGGGCGAGGAUCUGGACGAGCUGCUCCCGCCCAGCCUGCAGGCAUCAAACCAGGCCCGCGCCGAGGAUCUGGCGGCGUCGGCGUUGCGGCCGAUCGCGGCGGGCAGCGGCCUGAGCGUGACAGCUGGGGAGAGCGCCAAGGCGGCGGGCAAGCGCAAGGCUGCGCCGCCCUCGUCCGAGUUUGCGCCCGCCACGGGCGCAGCGGCGGCGGGCUGGGCGACCGCGCUCGAGCCACACCAGAAAGACUCCGACUGCGCACCGGACGGCGCGCUGCAGGAGGGACCGCUGCAGGAGGGGCCUCGGGAGACGGCGCUGGGGCCCGAGCUUGCAGAGACCGGCCACUACUGCUUCUCCGGCGGCGAGCUUGGUCUCCUCGACUCCAUUGGCCCGCCGACGUCGCCGCUAGCCCCGCCUGCCUCGCCCCUCGGGGACGGGGACGAUGCCAUCCGGCUGCUGCUGAGCGACAUCGCGCAGGGCCAGCUCGCCCUCGCCUACUUCAGCCUCUCGCGCGCGCAGUCGCGGCAGGAGACGGAGCAGGCGCCCGCGUCGCACAAGCGGCGGCGGAGCGGCGAGGAGUGCUCCGACGACGAGGCGGAGCUGAUGGGCUCGUACCUCCCCGAGGCCAGCCUCGAGGAGCCAAAGGGCCGCGAGGAGUUCGCGCAGUCGUUUUGCGACGCGCUGUCGGAGUCGAGGGCGUCGGGCGCCUCCUCCACGGCGACGGUUGCAACGGAGAGCUGGUUCGAGCUCUGCGGCGGCACCGCUAUGCCUCCGCCCUUGCCGGGCACAGGGCGAGCCAGCACACAGGCGCGCCCGCUGCCCUAUCCGCCCGGCGCACGAGAGGACAAGAUCCUCCGCAAGGGGGUGCAGCAGCUCAAGGGGCGCGGCGGCGGCGGCUCUGGCGGCGAGGAGCUGCGGUGGAAGGUCCCUCCCGGCGGAUCGCUGCUCCUCGAGUCCGUCUACAGCCGCGAGCCGUACCCGUCCGCGCCUACUCGCGCCUCGCUGGCGGAGCAGCUGCAGACGACUCCCCGGCGACUGGCGGGUUUCGAGGCGUGGGAGGCGGAGCAGGCGGCAGCGCUUGCUCCACCCCUGCGGCCUAUCAAAGGGAUGGUUCAAGAGAUCAAUGGAUUGAUCAAUAGGCAGCGCGAGGCUUCCGGCGUGGCAGUGAGCGCCGCGCCGGAAGCUGCGCCGCCGCCCCCCUCCCGCAAGCGCAAGCGCGCGCGCGCGGCGCCAAAGAAGGGCGCCAAGGCGGCGAAGCUGGCGGCAGCGGCGCUCAAUGUGCAGCAGGCGGCGCCUGCCGCGCCGGCCGAGGCCGGCGUCGCGCAGCGAUUCGGCGGCUGGUAG